CUCACUAUACACUACACAGAUGUCACUGUAUCACACAGGCCCAGGCUCACUCGAGGCUCACUACCUUAGGUACAUCAUGCUCAGCUCAUUUUGCAAUUUCGAAGAUUGGUUGGCAUCGCAUAAGCCAGAGCACUCAAUGACUCCCUCCUGUCUCGCUGCAGGUGUCCCAAAACAUGGCGGGCGGAGAGGAUCCAUCCGAUCUCUUCGCCGUCCCUGACUUUUGGCGGUCGUCAAGUUGGCUUAAACAGUCCCUCAACGAGGUCAACAGAGGAAACCCCCUGUUUGCGCUCGAUGGAUUAGGUACGAUUAACUUAGAGGCAUCUCAGAGCCUGAUUCCGUCUUUGGAUGCUCGCCCGGCUGCAGGGGGGAUUGAAGACGAGGAUGGGGUCCUCUUCAAGCUGCCGCCUUUGUUCAAAGAACCAAGCCACCAAGAAAUCAAGCUGCCCUGCGAACCUAGGUCCGAGACCCUGGAAGACGAGCCAGGCCCUUUGCCCUCCCCAGACGACGAAGACAUCUGGCUCUCCCCGGACCAUGGUCUCGGUACACAUUUCGAAUUCCAAACGUGGGAGGCCUUUGACCAAACCGAGCAAGGACCCUAUUCGCCAUUGUUCGUCUCCGAGGUCGGGCCCGCUGCUUUCGACAGUCUGCUGGCAUCCAGAAACGAAACUGGUGACGCACUCCCAGACGUGUUGGACGCAGCUCUAUAUUGUGCCUGUCUGCUGUCCCUCGCUCUGGGGAGAAGCUCAAUUCUCUUUAGUUGGGACUCGAACAAGAAUUCGUUCGUGAAGACGGCACCGUACCUCAGAAUCUCCGGCCUCUCCUUGGAUAUGGUCAAGGCCAUCGACAAGCUCUGUGCCGAUUGUGGAAACUCUGCCAGACAUCUCCAAGCAUUUGCUGAAGCAACAUACUCGGCCGCUUCCACACCCACAAGAAUCGCCCUUGCAGGCUUCAUAGAGCGACUUGUACUUGUUGUCCGAUUCGAACUCAGUAUUCGAGGCCGUGAUGUGAGGUCUAUCCUGCAAUUACAGUCUGCAGUCCAACCAGCUCAAUCGGUCCUAUCAUAUUUCAAGCGUCUUGUCAGGAAGCUGGCCCAGCAGAACUCUGACGAGGAAAUCUUGUCGUGUCUCUUUCAGGAGGCUCAGGAUUCCGAGUACCGGGACGGACUUCUGAGGGCAGCUACACGGGAAAUGUUGCGGGUUAUUUCCAAGCCUUGGGUUGGGUUUGUGGAAGAAUGGAUUGGUCUCAGAGCCGAAGGCGGAAUCCCCAUAACCAAGAAAGGGCCUGGUAAAGGCUUCAUCAAGGUGACAGACAAGGUAUGGGUGGAUGAUCAAGGCUUCGAGCUCCAGGAAGCCGAGUACUUCCUUGAGGAAAGCAAAAUGCCUACUUUUAUUCCAGAGGACAUGGCUCAAACAAUUUUCGAGACUGGUCGAAACGCUCGAUUCCUGCGCGAGUAUCACCCCGACCAUCCGCUUUCUAGACCAGACUUGAUAUCAUCAACAAAGCCGCCGAGGCUCGAAUGGAAGUUUGAAUGGGACGCCAUAUCAAAGUUGGAGGCGAGAGCCAUAGAAUACCGGAAUGCAUUGUCCCGUGCGAUAGAGGUCGAUCCUGCCGCGAUGCAACAGAAGACACAAGGCCAGGCCGAAUCAAAACCUGGCGUACCUGAGCUUGGGUGUUUUGGCAAAACCGAAGCCCAACUGGAAGCUAACAUCAUCUCUUCGAUGAGGCAACUUGAUCAGCCGUUGGAAAACCUUGGGGCGCAGGACGGGUUCUCUCAGCUUCUGCAGAAUCAGCUCUACCAAACAGUAGACCUGACCAAAGAGGCCGACGACCUUUCCCCACACUGGACAUUGGUGCCCUUGCUCUCCUUUGGUCCAGUCAUUGAAGCCCAGUCAAGACUGAUAAACCGAGAGUGUAUGAAGCUGCUCUUCAGUUCCCACCAUCUGCGCGUGCACAUUGACGCGCUCCGGCAGUACUUCCUCCUCGGUAACGGGCUGCUCUGCAGCCGCCUCUCCCACGCCCUUUUCGACCCCAAUCUCUCCACCGCCGAACGCAAAGCUGGAGUUGCCCUCGGUACCGAUGCAGGAGGCGUGAUGGGCCUCCGGCUAGGAGGCAGAAAGACAUGGCCGCCGGCUAGCUCGGAACUCCGCCUCGCCCUGAUGGGCGUCUUGACCGACUGCUACCAGCCGCCGCCGCCGCCGCCGUUCCUAGCCCAACUCAAAACCCACCCUGCACAGGGUGGCAAACCCGACACCAACAGCAGCGACACCGACACAAACACUAACAGCCUCCCAGGCGAUAUGAGCUUCGCCAUACGGAAACUCUCCCAAGAAGAGAUCGAGCGCUGCAUGUCGGACCCGGACGCGCUCGAGGCCCUCGAUUUCCUCCGGCUCUCGUACAAACCGCCGCCACCCCUUCGCCCUGUCAUGGUGCCGGCCCUGCUCGUCAAGUACGACCGCGUCUUUAAGCUCUUGCUGCGCCUCCUCAGGAUGCUGUACGUCGCCAACGACCUCGCCCAGAUGGACCCGCGGGAUCUUGGAGCUGAUAGUUCGGACGGCACCAGCAGCACGAGUCACUGCUGUAGGACACGCUUUGGCAUCGAGGCGAGGCAUUUCAUUCGACAGGUUGCCUCGUACUUUUUUGAGCGCGGAAUAGAGGCCGUAUGGGCGCCUUUUGAGCGCUGGCUGGAUCAGGUCCAACGAGAGGUCGAGGGUGGGCUUCCCGCCACUGCUGCUGCCGAUAGCAAUGUUGAUGCUAGCGACGAUGCUGCCACCGCCGCUGAGGCGGGGAUGUACUGCAGCCCGGAUGUGCUACGCGACAGGCAGGAGCAGGCCCUUGAUGAGAUCAUGGGGGUUCUGCUGCUGCGCAAGCGGCAGGCACCGGUUAUGGGCCUGCUGGAGGAGAUUUUUGGGGAGGUGCUGAGGCAUGGGUUCGAUGUCGAUCACGAGGCCGAGCGGCGGCAGGAGCAGGAGAUGUAUAAACAGUUUAGGAGGAGGGUGGAGGUGUUCAUUACUGUUUGUAGGGGUCUUGGGGAGAAGAAGAUGGCGGGCUCAACUGGUAUUGGAGGAGGAGCAGAUAAUCCGGUCGAGCAGCUGUUGCUCAUGCUGGAUAUGUCAGGGUUUUAUGAGGGGAGGAGAAAGGGGUGA